GUGGUUUCUUGCUGUCCUGUCGGGCUCUGACGGGUAGAAAAGCUGUAAGGUUUACUGACGGUUAAAGCAGCCAUACUUGACCUUCACCAGCAGACCGACCGGCUCCACAGGCCGGCGCAGUGGAGUUAGUGCGCGUUACCGUGGCAACAAGCCGUCUCCGUGGCUGCGCCGACAACUUCUCCGAGCCAGAAAUUCCAGAGUAAAGUCUUUGUGUAGUGUAAAAGACAAAGACAUUGGUACCAACCUGCUGAUGGUAUACACUGAGCGAUCAGCAGCAUGUUCGCUGCCCUCUCAGAGGAAGGAUCCCCUGAUGGGGCUUCUCAUUCCGGUGGUAAAGACAUUAUUAAGCCUGGAUCCAAGGUGAAGAAAAAGGCCCACUCUCGUGAAGUGACUUUACCGCCUCUGUGCCGGGAGCCACCUUCUCUCUCAGCAGCCUCUGUGGUCAGGUCCCGGUUCAGCCGGACCCCCAUCCUCAAAAAUGUCCCAUCUGACAGACUUUUGUCAGUGGUGGAACUGCCUCAUCUUACAGGCCAUUUAGGACCUGGGAGAGCCACAGAUGACACAAAAUGGCCUGAGGCACCUGGACGAAUGGCCUCAGCCGUAGGGACCCACAUCCCUAUCAGAACUGCUGAUGAGUCAACAGCACAGAGUCUUACAGGGAAAGGUGAACCCAUUAAAGUCACAACAUGUAAGGAUAUAAAGAUAACGACUGUGAAAAAUGAGAAAGCGACCAAACCAAAUAAAGUUCCUCUCACAGGCACAGAGGUAGUUCAUAUCUUUGCCAAGAAAAGAGACCUGGGAGAAAUGGAGGUUUAUUACCUGAAAGAAGUGGAUGGGGACUCUUACAGACCAUAUGACCUGCAAGUGGUCGAUUCUGGUGAAGCUGGCUCUGAGUACUACAUCUUCUCACCUGAUACUGUACUGCAUGUGACGGAAAGGGGUUAUGGUGGACUGGUGAGUCUGGCGGAGUGGCACAGAGAGUCUGCAUUGUGGACAUCUUUGCAGAAAAUCCAGUUUUUCAGGGACUUCAGAGUGCGGAAAGCCUUCACUCGGUGGUAUAAAAAUGUGCGGAGGAUAUUGUUUCAGCGCCGGCGUGAAGAUCUGCAGAAUAUGCUGCUUAUAGCUGUGCCUCAGUUCAGAAAUGCUCUUUUUCUGUUCACCAGACUAACUGAAGAACUGAAAGGGACGCACUGGCUGCCCCAGGAGGAGUCCAGAACCUACACGCUGCUGGAAUUCAAGAAUGUGCUGAUAGCCAUGAAUCAAGAGUGUCUGCAGAUACUGAAGAAGCUAUCAAAGUAUCGUGCUGUCAUCCUAAAUGAGGUGAAAGAGGGCAGCUAUGAGACACACCACAAGCUACAGCGGCACAUGGAAUAUGCUAAGAAGCCAAAUAAAAGCUAUGAACCCAUUCACCUCCACGUGGCUCACCAGCAGGAGCUGAAGAAAGAUUUGGCCCGCUCUGAAAGCAUCUUGCAGAAAUUGGGCAACUUUGCUGCUCUCAUCGAUCAAAUGACUGUGCAGAGUCUCAUCACAGUCAUCCAACAAGACAUCAUGUCGUUUCUCAGCAAUGUUCUGAAGAGGAAGAAAUCUCAGCAGUGCUGUCUCUUCCACACUGAGCUGUGUUUCAGUGCCAGUAAUCAGCUGACAGUGGACCCACCAAUACAUCUGUUCCAGGAAACCGUUAGGGAGGCGCUGCUGCUGGUUGCCGACUCCAUGAUUCAGAUGUGUGACACUUGUGGAUUCUUCCUAGAAAUCAGCAACAGCGUCUUUACGCUAACAUCUGACUUCACUUGUGUCGAACAUCCCCCGUUUACAGGGGAGAAUAAAAACAGUGAUGGACCGACUGGUCGUCAAAGGUUUUGCUGCUGGAAAUUGUUUAAUGAUCUGUCAUCUUGCUGGCUGGAGUUGCAGAAAAAGACCUCGUUAAUGGUGCAGGGCAACAGGAUGCACGGCUGCUAUUAUCCCCUCCCCAAGAAGCAGCUGGAGUGGCAGAUCAGCGUCAAUGACGUUGCAAAAGAAGCUGAGAAAGACCAGGCUCAGAUCAUGCAGGAUGCUCAACUAGAAAUCCAGCAGCUGUGUGAGAGCUACUCGUGGCUGACGGAUAUCCAUUUGUUCAUUGGCCAGUGGAGUCGAGCAUCUUUGGAAUCCAUGAUGGGUCAGUCUGCAUUACUGUAUCAGGAACACAUAAAGAAGCUACGGCACUGGAGCGAAAGAAUCAACACAGUUCCCUCAUCAGUAUCUACCUCCAAGCAACUGUUCAUCAUCCAGUGCACUCAAAUAAAGGAAAAUCUGGGGCAACGGCUGAAGAUCAUAGAGAACGAAGUGCUGGAGCAGCUUGCUGAGGAGAUAAAGCUGCGCUCAGGAAGAGUCAUUUCAGACCUGGAGAGCGCUGCUGCCAAACUCAAGACAGAACCUCAGGACUUACGUGACCUCUCAAAAUAUGCUCUUCUGGUGAGGGAGUCUGUGGAAAUGUUGGGUGACACACAGAAACGUUUGGAGGACGUUCACUCCCUCCAGGAAACAGUUUGCAUGAACUACCAUGAGAUGACUGAAGAGGAGCUGGCCUUGGACAAAAAGAUGCUGGACUUGUGGGAUUGCUUUAUUCCCCUAGUGAAGUACGCAGACAGGGUUGUGUGCGACCGUCUUCCUUCAGUGGCUAACGCAAUGGACACAAUGUCUUCAUUCUUGGUGUAUGACCUUCAAAAUGUGGUCUCUAAAGCUACAUCUGGACCCUUCCUUGACCCGACACAGGAUGCAACAGAGAUGGUUUCCACGCUGAACCACAUGUAUGCACAUGUGCACAGUCUCAGUGCAAAGCUGGGACAGCUUAGCUGGAACAGUGAAAACUUACAAGAACACCCAAUGGAUUUGACCAUUUUGACAAGAGACGUUCAAAACAUCAAAGCCCGUAAAGAGUUGUGGCAGCUGAUGGCUGUUUACAACGCAUGGAUGGAAGAGUGGAAACAGCUGCUGUUCAGUGAGGAUGUGGUGUCACAAGCUCAGGAGAAAAUUGCCAAGUGGAAGGAGCAAGCUUUAUCUCUAACAAGUUUUAUACCCACCCCUGAUGCCUUGCUGCAGAAAACCUUUGAAAUCCUGGAAAGCUUAAGCCAUCAGCUUGAGAUCAUGGCCAAGCUGCAGAGCCCCACACUCAAACAUAAACACUGGAAAGUUGUGUGUGAAGGCAUGGGCCUACUGUAUGUGCCAGAAAAAAAGGUGACUGUUGCUGAAUUGAUGUCUCAGCCACUUGAAAUUUACCAGGAGCUUAUUAGCAAGAUAUGCAGGGAUGCACAAGCAGAGUACAACAUGGAGCAGACCUUUCAAAAGCUUCAUCAGGGAUGGGAAGCCAGUCUAUUCCAGCUGGAUAAAUUCACUCUCCCUGUUUGGCAGCACUGUGAACCACAACGUGAAUUAACACAGACAGAGAACCCUGCAGAGGGCAAUGUUUUAAAUGUCCAAACUUCCAGUAAAUAUUCCUGUGAUGAUGCAAGAUUCACCAUCACUGGCCUGGAGGUACAUUUUGCUAAGAUAGAGAAUGACCUGAUGACUCUGUCCACCAUGUUGAAGUCCCCACACAGUGUUGAUUUCAGGCUACAGAUCAAGGAUUGGGUACAAUCAUUACAGGAUCUUGAGAAGCUGCUUUAUUUAUUUGAAAGAUACCAGCAACUAUGGGCCUUUUUGACUAAGAUGUUCCAUGAAAACUUCAGUAUUUCGAGAGUGGAUUUGCUGGAACAUUUCCUAUCAGUUGAUGUGACAUUUAAGGAAAUUAUGCACGCUGUGUCAAAUGACCCCCAUGUGCUGAACUUUGUUCAUUCCAAUGAGACAAAUGACAGAUUUCAUGGCAGUAAAUUGCAGCAGAUUCUCACUGAUGAUCUGUCUACAAUGGAGACUGUUUCCAACCAGAUUGUGGAUCUCCUGGAUACCCUCUGUGAACAGUUCCCAAGACUCUGGUUUUUGAGUGACAGAGAAUUGAUACAAUUACUCUGCUGUCACCCAACACCUUUCACACUGCAGCUCUUUGUACGCAAAUUCUUUAAAGGGGUACGCUGGCUUGAAAUGGAUUGUGAAAUACCAUCUAAUACAAUAGAUGUAAAGAACUGUGGCGAUACAUCCCAGAGCCACAGACUGAUGAAGGUGCUGGGGAUUUUUGGCAGUCUUCAGGAGCACAUUACUUUUCAGUCUCCUUUGGAACCGAAUCUCAAUAUUUUGGUGUGGCUCUGUGCCUUCGAGAAAGAAUUGAAGUUGACCAUGGCACAGCUCAUGAAACAAUGUGCUACUGCGCGACACCAGCUUGAAUCUUCUGAUCAGGAUUUGGCAUCUGAUAAGAAAGUCAUACACCCUGUUGCUGAUAGGAGGAAAAUUGCACUACCUGUGCUGAAUCUGUUUUCUGACUAUCCUCUUCAGUGUCUACUGGUGGCUGAAGAGACAGUUUGGUGCAACUUUGUUCUACAAGCUAUCCAAGAAUCAAACCCAGUGAAGUGGAGUGACAUGAAGGCAUACAAUUCUGCAAAACUGAAAAACCUCAGCUGUGCCAUAAUGGAUGGAGUCACAGGGGCUAAAAGUGAAAUCCUGGUUUCUAAGUACAAAAUGAUGUGUCUGCGUGCUUUAGUGCAACUUACAAUGAAUCAUGCACAGCAGCUAUCUCAACUCAUGGAAGUGCAAUGUGUACCGCUUGAAUCGUCAUUUGAGUGGCUAAGUAUGAUGAAGUAUCACAUAAAGUCAGAAAAUUGGAGUCUGAAAGACAAAGGUGAUCCACUAUGUUAUGUGGAUGUUUUGGGCCAUCGACUUCAAUAUGAUUAUGAGUACUUUGGUCCAGAAGAUUGGGUGGUGGCGCAUACUCCAUCCACAGAUCGGGCGUUAUUGGGGAUUCUUCUUGCUCUGACAAGCUACAGAUGUGGGUUUGUGAGUGGACCUUGCAUGUCUGGAAAGACAAAGACUGUGGCACAUUUAGGAAAAGCCCUGGGAAGACAUAUUGUCAGUAUACAGUGUUGGCCAAGCACGAGACCCAUAAUGGUUCAGCGGAUGCUGUUGGGUGCCGUUCAGACCGGAUCAUGGCUCCUACUGGACUCCAUGGACUUACUAACGCAAGGGGUCCUGUCAUUACUAGGACAGCAUCUGGUAGACAUUCAUCAAUGCUUCUCUGAGUUAACAAGAAAUAAGAAUCAAAGAGUGAAACAGGAUUCAAAUGACAGAACUGCUGAUCAGGCCACAGAUUGCAGUGACUUUGCUAAUUCACAAUGCCAUAUGGUACUUGCAGGGAGAAGCAUUUCUGUCAACUUAAGCUAUGGAUGUGUUGCUAUCUCAUCGAAGGUGUACACAUCUGAAGUUCCAGAGAGUCUGCACUGGGCAACCAGGCCCAUUGCUUUAACCCAUCCAGAUUACAGAAUUAUUGCUGAAGUAAUGCUGACUUCCAUUGGUUUCUCAGAGGCCAUGUAUUUAAGUCGACAUCUGGUGUCCCUCCUCAGCCUGGCCAAGGAUUGUCUGUGUCUGCCUGAUUUCAUUUCUAAUGACCAGAGCUGCUAUCUUGUUGUCUUGCAAAAGAUAAUUGCUGCCUCUGAAAUACACUUCCAACAACAACAAAGACAACGAGAAAUUUCAGAGGCUAAGGGAUCAGCUGCAGAGCGAACUGAUCUUAUUUCUUCUGGCAAUGUGACUGCCAGAGCUGUUGGGAUGGAUGAAAAAGAAAGUGAAAAGCCUCCCAGGUUGGAGCGUUCUCAUUUGUCAGUUAUACGGGCAUUAAUGGAAGAGACAGCAAUUGUCAAAGCAAUUCUUUCCGUCUUAGUACCUGUUCUUUAUGAGAACAAGAAAGCCUCACAGUUCCACAUCAUUUUCAAGGAAACAUUCCCUUUAGUCUGCCAGUUUCCUCUUUUCCAACAAUACAUUGAGGAAGAAGAAAAGAACCAACUUGCUGAUGCAGUCACAGAAGAAAUACAAAGAAAAUUGUUUCACUCUGACAGUGAGAUAAUUCGCUGUGCUCUUACACUCUACCAGACCAUGAAAUCCUCUCAAGCAGUUAUACUUAUAGGCCCCUCAGGCAGUGGAAAGACAACCUGUUAUUGUGCUCUAGCUGGAGCACUCAAUUGUCUAGCUGCCAAGGCAGUGGAAUGUAUGUUUGAAAAUGACAGUAUGGUUGAAGAAGAUGCCGCACAGACAGAGCCACAGGCCUCUGCUUCAGCCUGGAACUCUGUAAUCAGUGUAAUCUUAUUUCCUAACGCCAUGUCCCAUAAAGAGGUAUUUGGCUGGUUCUGUGAAAGGAGAGGAUGGCAAGAUGGAGCAGUUGCAAAGUUGCUGAGGGAUUCAGAACGGAGUGAACCAAGUUCUACAAUCUGCAGAAAGAAAAGUAAUCAGACACCUAAAGAGAAAUGGCUGGUAAUGGAUGGAAACCCUGUGGGACAGCCCAGCUGGUUAGAUUACUUAACCACACUUUGCAGUCCUGAGGACCCAUUUCUGUGCCUGUCAUCAGGUGAAACACUACCGUCCCAGUCACACCUUAAGCUACUUAUAGAGAUGACUGACCUAUGUGAUGCAAGUCCCUCGGCAGUCACCCGAUGCAGCCUUGUUUAUUUCACAGGUAUUGAUCUGUGGAAGACUGUGUGGAAGAGUGAAAUGGAUGCCUUCUCUUUUGAAUACAAACUGGAUCAAGGAAUCUUGAAAAUGUGGAAUCGUUUGGCUGAAGAUCUUUUCUCCAGGACUCUUAGUUUGCUCAGGCAAAAAGCUUUGACCUCUGCGAUCUAUAAUGAAGGAGAAUCUUUUAAAAGCGUCAUGUAUGGACUGCAAGAAAUCAUGUCAUUUGCUCGGAUCCUACGUGGCCUCCUGCAGCAUUUUCGGAAGGAAGUGGUUAAAGCUGAGGCAAUGCCAAAAACAGACAAAAGAGGUCUACCUCCACGGAGAACUGGUACAGCAGGCACAGAUUCCCAUAAUAAACAAGAGCUGCUGGCCAGGAACCUUUUUCUGGUUGCUUAUAUUUGGGGAUUUAGUGGACAGCUGCAUCCUCGCCACUGGCCACAGUUCGACUUACUAACCCGUCAAGUGUUGUUUGAUUGCCGGUACAAAAUUGUGGUUCCUGAUGAAGAGAGUGUGUUUGAACACUUUUUUAACAUUGACAGCAAGAUAUGCAACAAGAACACAUUGCUGACAAAAUCCAUCACUCCCAAGUAUAGGAAAUAUAUCUAUCUCUUGAACUUCAUGCUGGAGGCACACCAACCAGUGUUGCUCGUAGGAGAACCCAAUUCUGGAAAAACCACUCUGUGCAAAACUUUGCUGAGUUUUGACAAGCCACACAUUAUAUUGCCAGCCAGUCCAUUCCUCAGCUCCAGAAACCUGUGCACUGUAUUGAAUAACGUCCGCUACCAGAAGAACUGUCAGGAUAAAACAAAACAGCCAAAACUGCUUCUUUUUGUGGAUGAUUUGCAUGAAGCCCCCUGUGAUGUCAAUGGCAAGAUGUCUGCAGCUCUAGAGAUGCUACGACAGAGUAUGUCAAAGGAGGAGAUUCUAACAUUUGAUACCUACAACUUCAAGGUAUUGAAAUCUUCAAAGGUCAACUACAUGGCUACCUGUCGUGUCUUUGGAUUGGGAAAUCACCACAGUAAUGUGAUAUCCUCCCGACUCUCGCGUCUGUUCUCCAUCUUUGUGCUCCCUUGCCUGUCUAUGGACGUUAUAUUUUCUAUCCAUUCUCCUGGGCUAAAAAUCUGGCUCAAAGACAUGCCACUUAAGCAGAAUGUUGAGGAUAUGGCAUGUUGUAUCAUCGUUGCCACUACGAGUCUGUAUCAAGCAGUAUGUGACCAAUUCCAACCCAGUGUACAGAGGCCCCAUUUCAUAUUUUCCCAUCAUGACCUACAGAAGAUCUUUCAGGGGAUGUGCCUGUGGCAGCCAAACAUCCGACACACAAUGCAGGAAACGAAGAAUUCACUGUCAUUUUCUCCCCCAGUCCUGCUAGGGCCUACAGUGUCUGUACGGAACAUAGUGCAUCUCUGGAUGCAUGAGUGCAUACGUACGUUCAGUGACAGACUGUGCUCAGAGGAUGAAAGCAAAACUCUGAUGUCACUCAUAGCUAAGACAGCAACAUUGCAUUAUGGAGCUCAACUGGUUGAUGAUCCCCGACCCGUCAGUGUCGAGGACCCACCCGGUGUCACCAGUCUUGCAGUUUACACGCUACCCAUGGAUGCAGCGGGUGUUUGUGAGCCAGUGGAUCAGAGUGUAGAUACACUAUAUUUGGCUCAAGAGACAACACCAGCUGACCAUUCAGACCUUAAGAAAGGCCCUACAAUGACUGAACCUUCACUUCUGUCAGAAGACUGUCACGCUGAACCAGCAAGCCAAAAAACUGACCUUCUGCAACUCCAGAUUCUUCAGCAGAGAGAGGGCAUAAUCGCUAAGAUUAUUUAUGGUCCCGAACUCUUUGAGGCUCUAAAGUCAAUGAAUCAGCAACAAAAUUUUAGAUAUAACUGUUAUCAGGACCAAGACCUUGAUGUACUAUUGCAGGAGCUGUGUGCAUUCAUUAAGAGAAAAGAAGAAGAAGAAGUUGGGAAUGACUACAACGUUACAACCAGAUUCAUUGUGCACAGACAGAGGGUGAAACAGCUGUUACAUAUCCUCAGAGUGUUACUCAUACCUGGAGGUCACGGAGUGCUGAUAGGCUCAGACAGGGGCACAGGCCGUAAAAGCACUGUGCGCUUAGCUGCCUGUGUAACAGGCUGCCAGUUGAUGGAAGUGCAUCCUGGCAAUGAGAAUAAGUUGCGUGAAAUCCUAAAGGAGGCUGGAAAUCAAACAAGAGUGGAUGGAGUUAACGUCAUCAUACUGGUCCAUGAAAAGAUAAGCCCAUCUGUCAGAGAAGAACUGUUGGUGGCAAUGGCCCACAGGACCUACCCUGGGCUCUACACAGAUGAGGAGUUGGGGAACCUUGUUUCCAGAGUGACUGCUAUGAAGAGCUCAAGAAGAUACCUUAUGGACAGUUGGAUGUUUGACAAGUUCUUGAGCCAAAUCCACAGAAAUGUACAUGUUUUCCUGCUGCUUCCCUUCACCGUGUCAGACAGCAGUGAAGUGGCUGAUACCAACACAGCCUGUGGAUGGAAUGCACAACUGAACAAAGCCCUGAGGUUCAGUUGCUGUGUGGAGGUCUAUCAGCCUUGGUCCAACGAGUCUUUAGUGGAAGUUGCUGCUCGGUGUCUCAAAUCCAGUCCUUGCAAAACGGACAGAGAAGGGUUAGAAGUCAGCCUGUCUGCGGCUAUGGCAGGAAUCCAUCAAUCUGCUUGUCAAUAUGCUUCUGUCCUAAGAGCUCAGCCUUUCAGUCCUCAGACUUAUAUGGAGUUUAUUGCUCACUUCGGUUACCUCAGCAACUGUCUGCACAAGGAAUGGCAGAGCAAAGCCAACAGAGUUGCCACUGUUCUGUCUCAUGUGGAAGUCAUCAACAACACAGCUGAGCAGUGCAAACAGCAUUUAAUAAGACUCCAAGAGAAGGUUGCAGAGACACAGCAGCAUGAGCAAGAGCUUCUCAGAGCUAUAGAUUUGCAGAGGAACCUGCUCGAGGAAGCUCAGGUGACAUGUGUGGAAGAGGAGAACAGGCUGUAUGACCUGGAAGAGCAGAUAAAUCAGGCUCAAGAACAGGUGAGACCAGUGUUCUUGUCAGGCCUCAAGAUUCUUAAUUGUCUGAAUCCGUCUGACCUCGAGGAGGUACGCCACUACAGAGAUCCACCUGAUGGAGUGGUAAAAAUUAUGGAUGCUGUUUGUUUGCUGUUUAAUCGUCCACCAGGGUGGGAGAGUGCUAAACAGCUUCUUGGACAGUCCGACUUUUUCCAGGAGUUGGAAUUUUUUGACCGCUACGCUCUGACAAAUGAGCAGCUGCAGCAGCUUGGCCAGAUAGUCCACAGUUCCCAGUUUGCUCCAGAGUCUGUGCGCGAGGUGAGCAAAGCCUGUGAGUCCCUGUGUCGAUGGGUGCAGGCGGUGUAUGAAUGCUGCUGUAUGCAGCACCAACUGUUGGUCAAGCAACAACUGGAGGUGCUGGCCAAAGAGACAAAACGUUGUUUGCACCUGGCCAAGCAGUACAAGGAAGAGGCACACCAUCAUCUGGAGGAUUUUAAGCUUCAGCUGCAGUUGGUUCAAAAAGAACUAAAGGAGCAGCUGCUGGGGCUGCAUGCAGCUGAGAGCACAGAAAGAGAAGCUUCUGCAGCUGCAGAGCAGCUGGAGACUCAUGCCAGACGCUGGAGGGCUGCUGCUCAGGAGGCAGAGUUAAAUACCCAAAAUGCACCAGGAGAUGCUCUUAUCCUGGCUGCAGUCAUUUCUUAUUUAGGCCCCUUUGGACCUGAUAUGCGCACAGAACUGAUGAGCAAGUGGAGGGAGUUAUGUCAGACAGGACGCAUCAAUACAAACCCCAAGGACCCAAGAACCUCCCUGUUAACGCCGUCUGAUGCUGCAGCUUCUCACCCCCUUCCCGGUUUUCCCAUCCCUGUGUCUGAGAUGCUGCAGAUGCCUCUGAGUCAGACAUUAGGUAUGCGCCAGGAUGCUCCAUCUGCCAGAAUGGUUGUGAAGCUGCUGCUGUGGGGCUGCAGGAGACCCUGGGUUCAGUGCUGGCCUCUACUGGCAGACACCCAGCAACAUCUACACACAUGCUCUCAAAGCUGGCUAAUUUCAGGAGAGAAUAUCAUGUCUGAGGAGGAGGCAGAGUGUGAAAUGGUGGUUGGUGCUGAUGAUCCAGAGCUGCUGGACAAGCUGGACCAGGCUGCAGAGAAAGGCUUGAGAGUCUUGGUAACACAUGUGGAACGUGCAACUCCCAGUCCACAAUUUUUGUCCAGAUUGGUUCGCUCUGCUGGAUGUUGCCUUACAGGGUUAAAACAGCAUCUUCAAGCAAGCCACCCUGAAUUCUACCUCUUCUUUAGCACUCACCUGCCUGUCCAAAUGCUUAGCAGUGAAAUCCAUCCAUCCAUCUUAGCUCAGAUGUGUGUGACUGAUCUCUCUCUGAGCUCAAAAGAGAUCCAGGAGCUAAUGCUGGCACAGCUGCUGCAGCCUGAAUGUAAAAAGCUGCUGGAUCAGCGAUUGCAGUUCCAGAAAGACAAGCAGUUGCUGCAGGAGAGACUGGUCUCAGAAGAGGAUGCUCUGGUGGACUACAUCCUGCAGUCUAAGACCUCACUGCUGCAGGACUCUGAUUUUCUCCUCCGUGCGGCUGUUUCUCAAGAAGCAAUGAAGAAAGUGCAGGCUGAGAUCCAGCAGCUGAGUGAGGAACUAGCAUACCACGAGUCUGUGCUGGCUACACCCCGACAACUAAUGAGGCUUGCUGCUGCCCUCUACCAGGCUCUGCAGCAGGUGUCACGUCUCUCCCCUGCCUACUACUUUUCCCUACGCGGCUUCAUCGCAGUUAUACAAGAGGCCUUCACUGUGAAAGGCAGGCCAUUAGUGUUGUACAUCACUGGGAAGGUGUCAGGGGGCGUAAUAGCAGAGGUCACAAACCAGAUGGUUGCCCAGGUGCUGGUGCAAUACAGGCCUUGUCUUAUCAAGAGCCAUGUCGCUGUGCUGAAGCUGCUGGUGUCUGUGGCUCUGCUCCAACACAACCAGCUUUGCUCUGACCUGGAGAGGGUGGGUUUCCUCAGGGGCCUUCAAGACAUAGAACAUCCUGUUACUAAAAUGAAACCCUGUUCCCCUCCUGUCACUGUCUCACAGUCCCCUGGUGUUCUGCCAAGCUGGAUACCGGAUCACAUUCUCCCAGAGCUACUCUGCCUGGAGAAGAUUCCGGCCUUCAGAGGGUUGAUCGCCUCUCUUUCCACCUGCCCCAUGCAGUGGCAGGAGUACCUGCACUUCCCUUCCUGCUCUGUAGUAGGAGCUGUUCCCUGUCGCUCUCACUCCCAUCUAUCCCUGCUACAGCGGGCCCUCCUCUGGAAGACCAUGAUCCCAGACUGUCUGGAGGGACUGGCUGAUGCCAUGGCUGUCUGCCAGCCUGGACAGAUAGCAGAAAACGGGGCCCCUCACACUGGGAAUCCAGAGGCCCUCUCACGAUAUCUUGUCAAAUAUGAGGGACCAAUCAUUCUUACGGUGCCCAGUGUCAGUGGACGUAGGUGGACAAGCAUUCAGCCUCUUCACUUAAUAAACAAUCUGGCCCAGUGGAAAGCAGACAGAAAGGAGGUGCAGGUGAAAGUCAUUUCUUUUGGGGCUCUGUGUGACACGGUGGUCAUCCUCUCAAUGCUGGACAAAGCUGUUAACGAUGGCCACUGGCUGGUUUUUAACAACUGUCACCUGCUGGAACAAUGGGAUGACAAAGUGGUGGCUCACCUCAGUCAGUUGAUCUCCUGUUUCAGAGAGGGGAGAUGCCUUCAUCCCUGCUUCCGACUGUGGUUUAUAACUCAAGAAUAUGCAUCGUGCGCUAUACCAGCGGCAGUGCGAAUGUAUGCCCUGCCUCUCAUCUGUGACUCUCCUUGGGAUCUGAAGGACGAGCUCAGCAGCUCCCUGCGACAGGUUUCAUCUGUCAUUCAGUUUCAAUCACUGUCAAAUGUCACAGAAGACGACAUGGAGCUCCUCCUCCGCUGUGCCGUCUUCCACUCUGUUUUACUGCAGAGACAGACCCACUCGAGCCAAGAGAUAACCUACCAUUGGAGUCAGGGAGACCUCUUGGCUUUGAUGGAUGCCCACAUUUGCAUUGCCAGUCUCUGCCAUGACAAGAUGAAGGCUUUGCAAUAUAUAGCAGUCAAUCUGGUACAUGGUGGCCAUGUAUUAGACGCUGCAGAUUUGAAGGUGGUGGAGAGCACUGCUCAGAUCUGCCUCAGCAGAGUAUCACCUCUCUUGGGCAGUGGACCACACAUCCUCUCAAAUAUUAUCAGCAAUCCUGGCCACUUUGGUUUCACAGGCCUACUGCAGAUUUUGGAGCAGGGUCUUCAGGAUUCAGCAGACAUCAAUGACCCUCUUGUGCUGGGCUUCAGUGCAGAUGUGGCUGCUGAAAUAAUCAAAAUCAGGAGCCACAAUCUGAACUUUCUACUACAAGCCUCCCAGAAUCCUCUAGGAACAGCGAGGAGUUUCAACACCAAGCUACAGCAGCCUGCCUCACUGCCAGCCUACAGCCAUGCAAGAGACAGGCUGCAGACUCUGAAGAGUUACCUCGCACACAGGAGUGACAGCACAAAUACAAAUGCAGGAGCUGUUUCUCACAGUCCUCUACGUGACUUCUUCCAGGCUGAGUGGGAUGAACUCAUUGAUUCUGUGUCCUCACUCCUGUCACAGCUCCAACAGCCCAUUCAAUACUGCACGCCGACCUUCGCUUUCCUCCUCAGGAUGGCUGACUUGUCUCACUUGGAGAGGAGGGCAGAGUUGCUCAGUGCUUAUCUCUGGCAACACAGCACUUCAGAUCCGCCCGGUGCCUACCGACUAUCUGCCUUCAAAAAUGCUAGAGGCCUUCUGGUGGCAGUUAUGAGACAGGCAGCUCAAGUAAAUCGCAGAUAUAUCAGUGAUAUAGCCCUGCAUUUUCAGGUUCUGACUGACAGGACAUACCCAGCCUCCCUCCCUCUGGACACUGUGUAUUUGUGUGGACUGGAGCUAAGAGGAGCAUCAUGGGAUACGCAGCUAGGAGCCCUAGAGGAUGCAGUCUCUCUGCAGCCGUGUUCACUACCCCUUGUUUUUGUCAAGGCUCAAAUCAGGAGCACAAAUGCUCCCCGAGAUGCCUCCCACAUCUCACAUUUGAAGGACAGCAGCAGUGUCCAGGUUGCACAAGCUUAUCCAUCGAUUGCCCCACACUUACCAAUCUAUCACUGUCCACUCUAUCUCCACAGAGAGCAGCAGAGUGCAGACUGGGGGUUGGCAGAUGUUAACAUUGUCACUACGAUUCCCCUGCAUGCCAAGCUGCAUCCUGUGUUAUGUAGUUUGAGGAGGGUGAGGGUAGUGAGUGUGCUCUGACUAAACAAUCCUGGUUUUAUCUGCUGUGAUGCACCAGAAUGACGUUCAAAUGCUUUUAACAACUUUUACUGAUUAAAAAAAUGACUACUGCUGAAAUAAAUAUGUGUGAGUUACUGUAUAACAUCUCUUUGUUUUACAUUUCUAAUCCUUUGAAUUUUGUUAUUCAUUAAAGUUCUAACACAGUGUCAUAAU